AUGGGAGACACAUGCAUCGACAUGGCCAUGGAGGAUACACCACCAAUUCAGCCAUCCAUUAUUUGUCUCUGUCGUUAUACAGUUUACUGCUUGACCACGGGUGGGACAGUCAGAUGGCAGAUCCGACUUGAGCAGGUCGGCACAGCGCUAAUGGUCUAUAAUGUUGGAAAAGAAACUCUCUCCGUUCGGCUUUGUGUCGCCACGAGUUCGAAAACAUUGCUAGUCUUCCUGGAUAACAAGCUGAUGUGGAACAGUCAGACAGAGGAAGCAGUGAUUUCGUUAAAAAUCAGCAACUUCAACUCUACUUAUCAGAACGUCCUCUCCAUGCUGUCCGCUUCAGGGCGAGUAUCCAUUGGUUAUUUGGGCACGGAACCGAAUCUUUAUAAAGUAAAUAAUCCUCGUUUUCUCAGAGUACGUAGUGCUUAGUG